AUGCCCUCCGCACUCCCCAGGGCGGCCCUCCCCAUCAGACCGCGCGAACCUCCGCCGCGAAAGCUCAAACAUCCUCCCUCGUCCUCCUACAACGACCAAUCCUUCCUCUCCGCCUCUCCCCCCGUCCUCCACCCCUCCACUACCUCAUAUCUCGAAGAGCGACCUCACAAACGUCCCAUGCCCACCCCCAGCUACACAAUCGCUGUCGUCAACAGUUCCGGCCGACAAGCUGCCUCGUUCAUCCGCGUCGCCUCUGCCGUGGGGUAUCACGUCCGCGCCCAGCUGCGGAAUCUCGAUGGCAUUGUCGCGACUGAGAUUGCCUCACUGCCGAACGUGACGGUGCUGGUUGGCGACCUCUAUAUCAAGCAAACGCCCGCGCCGACCGCCAGCGCGAGCCCUACCCUCUCCCCCUCAGAUACCCGCGUCAACCAUGCCUUGAUCAAGGACCUCUUUAAAGGCGCCCAGCUCGCCUUCAUAAACACGACCUUCUGGGGCGACGAGGUGGCCAUUGGCAAGGCCCUCGCCGAUGCUGCCGUCGAGGCCGAUGUCCAGCACUACAUCUACUCGUCGAUGCCGAACCACUCCUUACAUGACCCCUCAUGGCCCUCGUUACCCCUCUGGUCCGCCAAGCAGACGGUCGAGGAAUACAUCCGCUCCCUACCCGCGCUCGCCCCUCGCUCGACCUUCCUCUACACCGGCAUCUACAACAACAACUUCACCUCCCUACCCUACCCGCUCUUCUGCGUCGAGCUGCAGCCCGACGGCUCCUUCGUCUGGCAGGCCCCCUUCCACCCCGACGUGAAGCUGCCCUGGCUCGAUGCCGAACACGACGUCGGUCCUGCCGUCCUCCAGCUCAUCAAAGACGGCACCAAGAAGUGGGCGGGACAGAAGAUUGCCCUCGCCUACGAGAUGCUUACCCCGCGCGAGGCUUGCCGCCGCUUCGCUCGCGGCGUCGGCCGCCCCGUCACUUACAAGCGCGGCAAGAUUGAGAUCAAGGUCAAGAUCCCCAACGGCUACCGCGAGCAGCUCGUCGCCCUGGAAGAGAUGUACGCCCUCGGCGCCGAGGACCCAGAUAAGCAACCGCCCUACUUCGGCACCCGCGUUUUCGAGGACAGUUGUCCCGAGGAGGCCCUCGCGUUGUGGGAAGGCUACCGUGGUCUUGAGGAGUACGCGCGAGAGGUCUUCCCCCUCGAGGAGGCGGCUAAUGGUCUCACGUGGAUGAACGAGGAAGAGGACGAGGAGAAGACGGAGGGUACGAUCGUUGGGGGUGAGACGGGCGAGGAACCCGAAGACGACGGCGACGACGCGAGUGAGGGCCUCACCAUGGCCGGGACCGAAACCCCUGCGCGGCGGGAAGAGAGCUGGCUUGCGUAG